CGGCAGGACGCUCUUUCGUGUCUCUCAUUCGACACUUGGCCACGAUGCAGUGCGCCGAGGAUGCUGAGAACGCGGCGAGCCUCGACGCGCUCCUCGCGUCCAAGUGCUACGUCGGCUGCACGGUGGCCGACGCCAUCGCGCGCCUCUCCGCCUACGAGCACGUCCAGACGACCCAAGCGCGCAACGCGGUUUUCUUGUUGCGCCUCGCGGCCUUUGAGCAAACGAUCAGCGACAUGGCCAUCGACAUCCACUACCUCAAGAAAGAAGCCACAGUGGUGGAAGGCGUCGUGUUCACCGCCGACGUCGACGCUCUCCUCCGUCGGCCCGGUGCGCUCAGCUCCUUUAAAGCGCUGGCCGACGAGCCUUGCGUCCGCGCCAUGUUUGCCGCGCACCGUCCGCGCUUGACGGACGCGGUCUUCCAGCGCUGUCUUGUUGCGCGCUUCAUCACGCUGCGCUUACCCGACGCCAUCGCGGCGCAGGCGGCCAACACCGACGCCAACGCGCGGGCCAACGCCGCCGCCGCCGUCGACACGCUGGACGACUUUACGUCUGCUGAAUUGAACAGCGUUUUGCGGGCGCUGCUGGAAGAACGGCAAAGUGACAGCAACGAUUUCUAUCUCUUCCACUCGAACGUCUUUAGCUGGGUGUCGAGAGAGCGGUCCCGCAAUGCGACCCGCGACAUGGACGGCAAGGUCCUACUCGUGCCCGUCGCGACUAAGGCCCGAUGGGACCUCGCAGUCAUCGUGCGCACGGGACGCAGCGCGGUAGACAUGCACAUCUUUGGCCCGCGGCGCAAGUGCGCGGACAAGGUCACGGACAAGGUCGAGGGCUUGGUGCGGACUCUUCUUGGCGCGUGCGAGAUUCGCCACGUCCACAUGCCGUUGACGUCGAUCAAGGUCGCCAAGGAGUUCCAUUUUGCCUAUAUGGCCGUCACCCUCCGAGCGUUCCUGCGCGAGCACGCCAAGCGUAAAACGAUGACCUACAGCAACCAUGGCGUCCUGGACGUCGACUGGAUCCACGACUUUGCGCCGACGCACAGCUACGACGACAUCAUGGCCAUGCAUGCAUUUGCACGCGCGCACCACACGCAAGCUGCCGAACUGGCAGACGUCGCUGGAGCGAUCCGAGAUCUCUCGGCCUCGGCCUUUAGCGGCCUGGCGUCGGUCACGGCAGCUGAACCCAGCGCGUCGAAGCGCAAGGCGCUGUUGUCCAAGACAACGUCGAAGAAGGCCAAGAACCAGUAGCCAGCGUCGACCCUUCGCAGAAUGCUGCGCUCAACAGACGUCCUACUAGUAGUUGAUAAGUCCUAGUUGAUAAAUCUUGGGCCUUAGCAUCCUUGGCUGCCAUUCGAUCCCUAACCCGAACCCUACCCGAGCCCUCCGCCGAUCGAAUUUGAAUUCAUCGGGUUUAAGAUAAUACUGCUCUACGUCAAGUCACGUACUAGUAUCCGAUACACUUGUGGAUACUGGUACUAUCCUAAUCGUUUGCACAUUUAAACACGAGACGA